CUAAGUAACCGGAUUGUUGUACCUUCGACAAUGGAGCAUGUCCUGCCGGUGACAUCGCCGAUCCCAAGUCCUCGACGAAGGGCGUACGUGAACAACCCCGUGGCGGCCUCUGAUGUGUGGGGAUUGACCAAGGACAUGAACUGGCCGGCAAGUCGCGGCACUGUCACAGCUCUCCUCCCUGACCUAGUCGCGAUGAACUUGGAGUUGUCGGCGUGCGCAGUCACACCUGGACACAUUGCGCUCACGUUUCGUUACUCGGACACAGUGUCCAACUACUCCCUCGUGGUUGUGUUGGAUGCGAUCCCUGAGCAAAAGUUUGACCAGGUGUUCCAGAUCGAUCUGAUCAAGGCGCUGUGCAGUCCGCCGUCGUCCGAGCUCCGAUCCAACCACGAAACCUUUCGCUCCGCCAACACGGACAUGCUCAUCAGUCGCCAUGAGAGCCCUGUCACCCACGUCGCGUUCCUUCGCUCACGUGUCGGUCAUAACGUCAAUCAACCGCAGAAAGUCCAUCCCCUGCGUUGCGUCAUCACCCGGGAAGACGGUGGCGCAUAUGUGUGGGAAUGGGGUCACGACAAGUUUGACUGGACAUACUUGAACAGCUUCAACGUAUCCAACGAACCCGACGGCAGCGGCGCACCCUCCCCCCGCAUAACCACCAUGGACAGCUUCGCCGCCAGCGCUGCGUGCCAUGGGCUGGCCUUCCAUGACAAAGGGUCGUUGGCGGCAUCUUCUUCCAAAGGCGGUGCGGUGGUCGCCCGCCUGGUGAGCUUUGAGACGACGCCGACGCUGGCGAAACAUCCGACCCACAUCAUCGUGGGCUCGGUCGUGCCAAUGCUACUUCCCCCUCCAUCCUCGGUGCGGUGGAUGCAAGGAUCGCAUGUUGGUCUGUGGAUGGUCACGAAUGACAACCACAUUUACUUGCGCAGCUCGACGUCUCCCAUGACUUUGCACACUGCAUGGGGCGUAUCUCAAAACCCCGCGGAUAAAGUCGAAGAAGGUGCUGUGAACUCUGUCACAGAGACACCACCACCUGAGCUCCUUUUUCGAUGCAUUCACUCGACCACGGGGGCGCUAGUGACUCUACAUCCACACACUGGACAAGUGUGGACUUGCCAAGCGCGCGACGGCGGGCUGGUUAUCACGCCGUGCGCCUACCGCCUCGCCCUUCCCCAAGACCCGACCGAUCACAUCCGCCACCUUGCCAGCCACCGCCAGUUUCUGUUUGUAUUGACCACCCAUGCUUGCAUUGUGUAUGACGUGCAUUCAGGUACAGAGGCGGCGAGAGUCGCGGCCCCCGACGCGGCCGCGUCCUUCUGGACGUCCGGGCCUGGGGGGGCGAUGGGUCUCUGGAGCUGGAACGGGCUGUGGCGGCUCACCGUUCCCAGCGCCAAGCAGUACGCGCACUCUGUCGCAUGUGACGAUGUCACACAGUCUCCCGCCGCAGCGCUGCGCCACCUGCAGGACUUUGGGCCGAAUCUUCAGUUUGACCAGGCGGCGAUGGCACUUCAAGUGCUGCGGCACCCCCCGACAGCCUCGAAAGCCGCGCACACCGCCGCCAAGCUCGUGUUUGAAGCCGCCGCCGAGAGCCCCGCGUGGCUGCUGGCACUCGUGGCCGACCACGCCAUCCCGUCGGCGCUAGAGGCCGACCUCUACAACCUUGUCAACCAACUAUCCGUCGCAACAACAUCCACCUCCUCUUCCCACCACCUUCGAACGACGCCCCUCAACUUGGAAUCAAUCGAUCACCUUCGGGCGUGGCUCGAUGUGCGACAGCGUCGGGCCGCGAUCAUCCACGACCUGUCGUACUUGACCCCUUCAACGACGACCGCCGCUGUCACAUAUCCGUCGUCGCUUGCCGCGUCCCAAGAAAUCCUGCGCAUGUCCGCGCUGCACUUGGCGUCUCUUGUGGCCGCGCUACCCCACGGCCGCAAUCUGCUGACUCAACUGGAGAGCGUGCUGCUAUUAAAUCAACACGACCGGCCCAGUCACGUCCUGUUUCACGACGAGCGUGUGACCGCCGGCGAGAGCCUCCGCCACCCCGCGUACUUUGAAUCAGUCGCGCGGCUCACGUUCCAGCACCGUCCCGAGGCGUUUGGCGCGCUCGUCCGCUCGAUCGCGUCCGCCUGCCCUCGCGUGUUGACCCUCCGCGGCGUCGUCCGCCUCGUUCGAUCACAUGCCGAUCGGGCCCUCGCCGCCGUCCUCCCCUUGCGCCUCCAUCUGCUUGUCCAACCCGCCAGCGUCGACGCCGCCGUGCUAGCCUACACGGACGCCCUCGUCGCAUCCCGCGCAUACAUGGAGGCACUGCAGAUGCUUCUGCGCUUCCAGCUGUACGCCCGUGCCAAGCUCAUGUUCGCCGAGCUGCCGCCGGCCGUGCAACCGACAUGGUUCUGGCACCUCAUCGAGCAUGUCGUCUGCCACCUCGAUGUGUUGCCCAUGGACGAACUGGCGGCGGUCGUUGCUUUGAAACCUACCCAUAUCCCCAAUGCAAGUGUACUGGCGGCACUGCAUCGCGCGAUGCCACCCAAGAAAGUAUCGGUUCAGAUGCUACGACCUGUGCUGCAGACACUUGUGGCUUGAGAAAACUGCAUAUUGGUUCAUUUCCAUGGCUACAUGUGAUUUCGACUGUAGCCAUUCCCUCACAAGCAUACAGCAGUGUAAUUAUGACACAUAUGUACACCGACAUACAUGUAUGUGUAUUUGGGUGCCUACUUUCGAGCCAAGUUGAGUACACUAAAGCGAACUGCUGGUGCUACCGAAGAACCCAGUUCAUCGCUUUGGAAACGUUAUGGCUUUUUUAGCUGGGGUAGGCUAAAAAUGGUCGACAGAAUCGACCGCUUGGGCGUGGCGUCGGCAGCGACGGAUGGCGGCGGCGGCGGCUGGCGCGCUGGUUUCGGCAUCUGGCUGGAGAGGGGGGGGGUGGUGCUGUUGUCCUUGGCCAGAAUUUGCUGCCUCAUCUUUUGGGCCAUGCGAUCAAACAGACUCAGCCCCGCUGCUUCGUCGUCGGAUGAGUCGUCUGCCGGCUCCCAGUGCUGUUUCGCCGGCUUAGUCGGCUGGACAACCAACGGCGCCAUGGCAGCAUCGUCCUCACUGCUGUCAAGCGGCGGUUGGUCCGUGGUUGGCUUUUUACUUGGCUUUUUGGUGGAUUUCUUCUUGAUAGGCAACUGGUCCUUCUUGAGUACUUUUGCGUCUGCUUUGUGCUGCUUGGCUGCAGCUUUCUGAUCUGCCUUUAGCUUGCGAGCCGCAUCCUUCUUUCGCUGCAGUUCCUGGGCCGCCAGUUGCUUCAUCAUGCCAGCCUUCUUCUUCUUCUUCUUCUGUGGAUCAGCAUCCGACAUGCCAUCAACAUCGUCCUUUGCUGGUGGUUCCACAUGUUCAAGCCUGGCAACUCCGUUUUUCACUUGCAUAUCAUCUUUAGAUGAACCUGCUGCUGCAAUGUUUUGCUUUUUCUGCUUUUUGACGACUGAAAUUGGUCGCUCGAGCGGUGCCGCCUCGUCGUCGGUCGCCACUUGCAGCUUUUUCCGCUUCUUGGCAGGUUUCGACUGCGUAGUCGAGAUGGAUGUGUCAGGGGUGGUCGUGGUGGCUUGGUCCGCUGCUUUCGACGGUGCCGCUUUCCGCUGCACUUCUGCCCUUUUCUCAUCCGCCUUGCGCUUCAUACGUUCGUCUUCUGCGGCUUGCUGUGUUGCAGCGACUUCCCUCUCGACUUGAGCAGCUGCUUUUUCAAGUUGCCGCUGUCGCCGGUCGUCGGCUUCCACGCGGCGAAGGGCGGCGUCGUCGUGCUGUUGUUUCGCAGCCAGUUCUUUAGCAACUCGCAGCUUUUCCUGCUGCUUUUGACGUUUCUUCGCAGCUUCGGCUUCCUCCAUUUUGUGCUUCUCCUCGGCCAUCUGUUGCACUUCCUUGUCCCGCGCCUCCUGCCUGGCCAGGCGAGCCACCUCGGCUGCAUGCUCCCGUUCAGAGCGAAGACGUUCACGCUCGUCUCUCUCCAGUUUCCGCUGUUCAACUAAAGUGCGGUCCAACGACUCGGCCAGCGCUAUCGCCGCACGCCCCACCACUCGUCGACGGUGACGCCGCCGAUGCUCGUCCAGUGAAUGCUGCAGCUCAAUGCACUUGAAGUCCAAGGCCACCCUUUCCAUGUGGCAUUCCAACUCCUGCCUCUACAUAGGUGGUGUCAGCAUGCACGGGGUGCGUCUUUGCAUGCGUAUAUGUACCUCAAUGGCAGCUACAUCCGCCGCCAAAGUCUGCGUGCCCAUGCUGGCCUCGUGGUUGUUCUGUAAGGAAUAUCCGGAUAAUGUGAACAUCCGGAUAAAAUGAACU